AAUUUCAUUGUUGCCACUAAAUUAAAUCAGAUGGCUUAACCACGCUACAAAACUUAUACUAACCUUUCUAUAUCUAGUAUAGAAUACUACAAGAAUGAAUAAUUAACGUUCGAACCAUUAUCAAAGAUUUUUUCAUUUCUAAAUUUGCAGGUAGCCGACCAUAUUGUCAUAAUAACAAUCUCCAAGCCUUUGAGGGCGUUUGGUUUGCAAGAAUUCAAUGGAAUUUGAGGGAAUUGGAAUUUGAAUUUGAAUUUCAUCUCUUAAUAUGUUUGAUGAUCGAAUUGGAAUCUCAAUUCCAAUCUUAUAUGUUUGGUUGACAAUAGAAUUAAAAUUGGAAUUAGGCAUUAGUUCCUUUAACUAAAACUAAAGGAAUUCAAAAUCUUUCCUACACAUGAAAGAUUGCAACCAUCGAAACCCUAGCCCAAGUCGCUGAAAAGGAAUCAGAAUCGGAGCUCUGAAUCUGCGAUUGAGAAUGGCGGUCCAUGAAGAAGAAGAAGAAGAAGAAGAAGAAGAAGAAGAAGAAGAAGAAACAAAGGUGGACAGGCUAUCAGACAUGCCGGAAUCCCUGCAGCUUCGCAUUCUUUCUUGUCUUGACGCAAGUCAUGCCGUUGGAACAUCGGUGUUAUCGAAGUCAUGGGGUUCUUUGUGGACUUGUGUUCCCAUUCUCAAUUUCAGCUCCUGUGAGGGUUUUAAACAUCUCCAUGUUUUUGAUGACUUUGUCGUUAAUGCUUUAUCCCGUCGCGCACCCGUGAAGUUGGAUAGAUUAACCUUCAAACGUGAUGGAAAAUGCAGCGCCAAGCUUUUACAAACUGUUUUUGAUUACGCGUUUUUACACGGUGUCCGAGAAUUGGAAGCACACAUCGAACAGACUAUAGGUGACCACGAGAGCUGGACUUGGCCCAUCUGGUCAUCGGAUUCGUUAACAAGCUUCAAGUUACGGUGCAAUUAUGUUGUGGGUUGUCCAUAUUUGGAACCAAGAUCAGGGUCAUUCAAGAAUCUCACCACUUUACAUCUCCAAGGUGUAAUCAUCAAGGAUCUUGAUAUGUUCUCAGGGUUUCAAGCGCUUGACAAGUUAAGAUUGCUCCAUUGUUUUGUUAAAACAAAUGGCAAGGCUUUGCAUGUACACGCUCAGCAACUUUCAGAAUUCACCUUCUUCUUCCGCAAUCAGAAUGUGAAUUGCUGUGAAAUGAUGACUCCGAAACUUAGAUAUUUCGAGUGGGGAGGGAACAGCCUCCCAAGGCUGAAAGCACAUCUUCCUGUUCUUGACACAGUGGUCAUCGCUUACAAUGGUCAUUGCCUCAAAGAGCGAGAGAAGAUAAUGUUUGAUAAUUUGCUGAUGAUGUUUAAUACUUUUUACGCUGCCAAAUCGCUUACGGUUUCUGCAUCUACUAUUCAUCUACUCACACUGUUUCCGUGCUCACCACCUCUUUGGGAUUUGAAGUGUUUGAAGCUGGAUUUCAGCCCACGCCAUAUGUAUAUCCAAAGCAGGUUGUUUUUGAGUGAAACUUUAAAACUUGUUCCAGGUGUAAAAGCUUACAUGCUACACAAGUCGCAUGAUGCCAAGUGUACCAUAAUUAAUGAUCCAAACACUGAAUCUCCAUGCUCAAACUCUCAAAAGAGCACGACCCAAAGUCAUGGUUAAGAAACCCACCGAUUAAAUCUCCAAGUCAACAGCUUCCUUUUUAUUUAUUAUUUCUGCUCUUAGUUUAAUUAAAGAAUCUAUCUUUUAUUGGUUGAAAACGGAAAAGCUCAGCAAAUCUCAACGCUCAUUUAGAUAUUGCUGGCCUUGUGAAGGAGAGCAGUUAAGAAAAUAUUUGCAGACCGUUAUAAGAUGAUUGAAACUGGCGAAGGUGUUGAUUGGGCAGUUGCAGAAGCGUUAGCGUUUGCAACGUUACUGGUGGAAGGAAAUCACGUGGUCAAGACGUUGAAAGAGGUACUUUCAGUCACAGGCAUUCGGUUGUUCACGUAAUGAUGAAUCAACAUGAGGAAAUGUUUACCAUAAGCAACAGGUAAAUGCAUUUCACUAUAAACAUCAAUACAUGAUUUUUUCUUGUAUUUUUGAGUAAAAUGCCAUUUUCAUCUUUGAGGGUAGUUUUGCAACUUUCGUCCAGAGGUUUGUUUUUUCGCAUCUGAAUUCAAAAGGUUUUAAAUGUUGCCAUUUUCAUCCGGCUCGUUAACGCCAUCCAUUUUUCCCCGUAAAGUCGGGUAUUUUCGUGUUUUUUUUUUAACUUAAAAGGGCAAUUUGGUCUUUUCACUUUAUGUAUAAGCAUUUAGCAUAAUGUACAAGUAUUCAAACCUUGGUAAUGGGUUAUGUUAUUUCUAAUCUUUUGUAUUAGGCCAAAAUUAAAAUAUGGAUUGCAAGUAUGGAGGUUACUGGCUCGGUAAGAAAACUAAAAAAGAACUCAAUUCCAUCGGCGGUGAUAUCAACUUAAGUCUUUAUCUUUAUCCUGUGAUGUUAUUAAUCAAGUUGUUUAGGUCUUUCAUUGUGUUCUUGUAAAAAUCACAUGUCUACGGUUUAUACAACUAUGAGAUAUUUGGAAAUGAGAUCUCGACGAGAGGUCAUUGAUGGUUUAAAUUCCAUUGUUUCAGGUCUCUUAAGAAAUUCACUGUUU